ACAAAUCCUGCCCCUUGGCAGGGCUGACGCGAUGUCCCUUGGGGCUGGGCGCCGAGCUGGACUCUGGAUCCGGCUCCAGCGGGGAUGGACCGAGCAGGGCGGCUCCGUUCUUACGUCCCUCGUGUCCUUUCCUAGGGGGAAUUGGCCAGGAACAAGGAGUCUCCCCACAUGUGCGCUACAAGCUGGUGACGGUGAACUUCCCUGGUGGGGCCUGCAAGUCCGCCUGGAGCAAUUCACACACAAGCCAGAGCAAUGGCUCUUCACCAGUUUCAACCGGCAGCUCUUCUGCUGGCUGGACAAGUGGGUGGAUCUGAGCAUGGACGACAUUCGCCGCAUGGAGGAGGAGACGCAGAAGGAGCUGGACGAGAGGAGGCAGAAAGGCGCAGUGCGGGGGCUGACAGCCGGGACGAGUGACCCCCGGCCGGUGCCAGCAGGACACUGACGUGGACUCUGCCCCUCCCACCUGGGAGCGAGGACCCAGCUGCCUUCGUGGGACCCCAGGGAUCCCCCUUCUCUCUCCGUCCAGCUGGAGGCGCUGGGGACCCCCUGCCCCGACUGAUCACGGGCUAGUGAGCUCUGGUGGGACAGGGGCAGUGGGGGGUGCUGGCCCUGGCCACCCCCCCAGCUCUCCCAGGUUUCAGCACGUUCCUGCCCCCCCUGGAAUCAU